CCAAAUUUUUUUCAUUUUUCUACAUGGCUAUCAACGCCGGGGGCCUAUUGUCCAUGUUUUUUACACCAAUGAUGAGGGAAGAUGUGCAGUGUUUUGGUCGCACGACGUGUUACCCGUUGGCGUUUGGUGUACCCGCCUUAUUAAUGUUGGUGGCCCUGGCACUUUUUGUGUCCGGCCGCUAUUUGACCACGUACGUGUUUGUGCCGCCUCAAAAGGAAAGUGUGGUAGUUCAAGUGGUCAAAUGUGUGUUUAUAUCGCUAUUGAGAAAGUUAUUUAAAAAGUUGCCAAAACGCGACCAUUGGUUAGACUACGCGGACGAUAAAUAUGAUAAACAAACAAUCGAGGACAUAAAAGCUGUGAUGAGAGUAUUGUUUUUGUAUAUACCUAUACCACUAUUUUUUGCACUAUUCAACCAAACGUUCUAUGUUAUUGCUACGGAACACAGCUUUAUUAAUUAUAAUCACAUUUACCAUAGGGCUCCCGGUGGAGUGACGUUCGCCAUUUUUACCAACCAUUUUAACCAUCAAAUUUAUCCACAUCAGUUAUGCUAUAACCAUGAAAACAAAUAUGGGCACAAGUUGAUACGGUAUAUGGGUGAUCUUGGCAAAUUUGGCAUGCUUAAAAAACCAUUGCAGCGAAUAGUAGUGGGUGGUGUGUUGGCGGGCAUAUCGUUUGCUAUUUGUGGCUUUUUUCAAUUAUCUAUCGAGAAUCAAUUGCCACCUGUUAUAUCUGGUCACUCUAUUCACGUGUCAAUUGUGAACGGGUUAAAUAGCGAGAUUAAGGUAAAAAAUAGUCUAUUAUUUCCCAGUGAAAGCUUAACGCUAGAAAAAUACAAUGUGUUUACAUUAAAUAAUGUUAAUAUCGAUGAACUAACAUCAAAUGGAUUAACGUUUAACAUUACCCUAAAUGAUGUGACAAAUAUACCGGGAUGUUUGCCAAAUCGGGAUUAUUUCCUAAAAUUAAGUCCCGGGUUUCAGCGAAGUGGUUUGUUAUUUAUAACCGAGAGUAUUUGUGAGCUGACAAACGAGUUAAAAAUACUAGAAUUUGAUCAAGAAUUAAACCUACUCGCUAAACCCGCAAACGGUGGUGCAUUGGCCGCCAUUGCCUACAAUAUACGUGACUCAGUGUCAAAACCAGUAUUAAAUAUCAAGAAUGACGCGUACAUUACAUUCAAGUUAAAUAACAGCGCGUUCACGGAAUAUUUUAAUUCUACUACAAAUGAUGGUCACCCUAUCAUCACUGGCGAUACUAAACGCUACGUGGGUUACGUGCCAUAUAAAAAGGAGCUUAAUGUUCACAAGGGUGGCAACUAUGAGUUAUUAUUGUUGGAAAAUGACCAGGAUAACCUAGCUCAUUCAGCUACUAACGGCAUCGAACUUCUACAGGGCGGAGCCUAUGUGUCAAUAAUUUACACGGACGAAAAUGGUAAAUUGGCUGGUGUAACGCACAACUUAGUUAAACCAAACACAUUAUCUGUGCUCAUGCAAAUAAUACCAUAUGCUAUUAUAACGUUUGGUGAAAUUAUGUUGCAAGUUACAGGGUUGGAAUUCUCGUAUUCUCAGGCACCAGCUAGCAUGAAGUCACUAGUAGGGGCCGCGUGGUACCUGACCGUAGCGUUUGGUGAUUUGAUCGUCAUAAUUAUAUCGUCGGCCAAAUUAUUUGAUGACCUGUCAAACGAGUUCUUUUUCUUCGCUGGUCUAAUGGUUGCCGAUAUGAUUGUGUUUGCAAUAAUUGCCUAUUUUUAUCAACCUUAUAAAGGGACAACUGAUGAUGGUGAUAAAAAGUCAGAGCCAGCGCACGACAAUUACCCCGAUGAAGCCCAACCAUCAGUCCCUAAACUACGGUAUCCCCGAUCCGUGCCGUUCAUUAUCGGCAAUGAAUUUUGCGAACGUUUCACAUAUUAUGGGGCAAAAACAAUUUUGGUCUUAUAUUUUACACAAAUUAUUCGCUAUUCUGACAACGAAGCCACUGAUGUGUCAGCGUUUGGCGGUGAUCAAUUUGGCCCUGGUCAGGAAAAGCACCUGGCACGAUUUUUUUCAUUUUUUUACAUCGCGAUCAACGCCGGGUCCCUAUUGUCCACAUCCACGACACCUAUUAUGAGGGAAGAUGUCAUGUGUUUUGGUCGGACCUCGUGUUACCCGUUGGCAUUUGGUGUGCCGGCUGUUUUAAUGAUUGUUGCCCUGGUGCUAUUCGUGUCCGGUCGCUAUCUGACCACUUAUGUAAUAAAUCCGCCCCAAAAAGAAAGCAUCGUGCUUCAAGUGGUCAAAUGUACAUCGCUAUCGAGAAAGUGGUUCAAAAAAGUGCCAAAACGCGAUCAUUGGUUAGAUUAUGCGGAUGAUAAAUACGAUGCACAAACAUUAGCCGAUAUAAAAGCUGUAAUGCGAGUAUUAUUUCUGUAUUUACCUUUACCAAUUUUCUGGGCAUUAUUCAAUCAACAGGGCUCGCGCUGGACACUACAAGCUACUAAAAUGGAUGGUAAAUUAGGCAGUUAUCGUAUGAAACCUGAUCAAAUAGGGAUAGUGAAUCCCAUAUUGAUCAUUUUAUGCAUACCAUUGUUUAAUUACGUUAUAUACCCUGUGUUAAUCAAAUUCAACUUGCUCAAAAGACCACUACAGCGAAUGGUGGCGGGCGGUGUGUUGGCAGGGGUAGCGUUUGCCAUUUGCGGUUUUUACCAGUUAUCAAUUGAAACUGAAUUGCCACCCGCGCUAUCUGGUCACUCUAUUCACAUGACUAUAGUUAAUGGUUUAAAUAGUGAGAUUACGGUAAAAAACAGCCUAUUAUUUACAGAGAAAAGCCUGUCGCUGGAUAAGUACAACAUUCACACCAUACCUAAUGUCGACAUAAACGAGUUAACAUCAAAAGGGUUAACGUUUGACAUUACCCUUACGGGCGGUGCGAAUAUUCCCGGCUGUUUGCCGAAUGUGGAAUAUUCCCAGCAAUUGAGUCCUGAAUUUCAGAGAAGUGACCUGCUCGCCAAACCGGUAAAUGGUGGUGCGUUGGCCGCCGUUGCCUAUAAUAUACGUGACUCAGUGUCAAAACCGACUUUAAAUAUUAAAAAUGACGCAUACAUUACAUUCAAGUUUGAUAAUAGCGAGUUCGUUGAAUAUUUUAGAUCCACUACAAGCGAUGGUCACCCUACUAUCACUGGCGAUACUAAACGCUACGAGGGUUAUGUGCCGUAUAAAAAGGAACUUAGUGUCCACAAAGGCGGUGAAUACGAAUUAUUAUUACUAGCAACUGAUCUUGAUAGUUAUGCCCACUUGGCCAUUAAAGGCAUAGACCUUCUUCAAGGCGGCGCUUAUUUGUCAAUUAUAUAUUCAGAUGAAAAUGGUAAAUUAGCGGGCAUCACGCACAAUUUAGUUGCGCCGAACUCGCUGUCCGUAUUCUUGCAAGUGAUUCAAUACGCUGUGAUAACUGCCGGUGAGAUUAUGUUUUCAAUUACUGGGUUGGAAUUCUCAUAUUCCCAGGCACCGCAUAGCAUGAAGUCUAUAGUUACAGCAGCUUGGUUAUUAACUGUAGCGUUUGGUGAUUUGCUCAUUAUAAUUAUUUCAUCCGCUCAAAUGUUUGAUGAA